AUGUUCGUGUUCACUAGCAGCAACAGAGGUCUCUUGGUCUAUACCUUGAAUGAAAAACAAGAAGCAAUUCUCCAUUCUAAAAUUGAUGAAGAAUGCAAAUUCUUCGAGAGCGCCAAGGAUGGGAGCAUGCUAGCUUAUGUCAACCGCAAGGGAGUCCACCUGAUUGAUGUCCCAUCGCUGAAACCGAUUAGGAUCAUCGCGGCGGAAAGGGUCUAUGGCAUUCAGUUUUCGCCGAAGUUGACGUAUUUGUCAUUAGCGACAACGUAUCUCUGCAAGCCUGGAGAACAGCCGAAGCCCAAUCUAUUCAUAAUCAAAUGUUCAACCGGCGAGAUCGUGCACUCCUACGUGCAGCAGAAGCAAGCCGAAUGGGAGCCGCAUUGGUUCAGCGAUGAGAGUUACUUGGUGAGGAGCUUCAAAAACGCAGUGAUGCUCUACGAUCCCGCAGACUUCUCGAAAACAGCGAAGCAAAUCAACAUAGAGCGAAUCUCGGCCAUAUCUCUCUCACCGCUAGUCAGCAAGAAAUAUUUCGCGAGUUACGUGCCUCCGAGCGGUAAGGGUCAGCCGGCAUUCUGCCGAAUCUUCAACCUCCACCAGGCGGAUGCCGUCGCGUCGAAAUCGUUCUUCAAAUGCGACAGUGUACAAUUCAAAUGGAAUGCCAAAGGAAGCGAUCUCCUCAUCAUGGCCACCAGUGAAGUCGACAAGAGCAACACGUCUUACUACGGAGAACAAGCGCUCCACUAUGCCAAUGUGAAGGGCGAUAGCUGUAUGGUUCAGUUGAAAAAGAAAGGGCCGAUACAUUGUCAUGAAUGGGUCAACGAGAACUUUUGUGUUGUCUACGGCUUCAUGCCCUCACAUACGACGAUUUUCAACCUCAAAUGCGAUCCGGUCUGGGACCUCGGACCGGGCCCGAGGAAUCUCGUGUACUUGAAUCCGCAAGGGAACAUCUUGCUCACGGCCGGCUUCGGAAAUCUGCAGGGCACGGUAGAAACUUGGGAUCUCGAACAGCAGAAGCGUAUAUGUCAAAUGAAGAUACCUGACACGACCCAUCUGGAAUUCGCGACUGAUGGGAUUCAUUUUCUCACAGCGACUUUGGCACCCCGACUUCGCGUGAACAACGGCUUCAAAAUUUGGCAUUACAGCGGAGCUCUCAAAACCGAGAUCCUUCCGGUGAAAGACGACCCUGAUAGCUUCGAAGAGAUGCGGUCGGCGUCGCUACAGAAGGGGCCAAUGGGUCCUAAGCCGACGAUAAUCUUCAAAAAAGUCGAAGGCAUCGCACAGUCACUUCCCAUGCCUUCGAAGCAGGCCUACAGACCGCCAGGCAUGAGGGCCCUCGAAGAGUCCAAGCCCGCACAGAAAAAGCAGAAUAAAAAGAAGUCCAAACCGAAAUUUGAGGAAGCUCAACCGCCUACGCCGAAAGUCGACCCGUCCAUCACGAAAGCGGACGACGAUGAAAAAAAGGCGCGAGCAAUCAAGAAGAAACUAUCCCAGAUUUACGUUCUGAAAGCGCGUUUGGACGCUGGUGAGGAAUUGGAACCGGAGCAAGUGGUGAAAAUCUCGAAAGAGAAGGAGCUUUCGGAUGAACUCAAGCAGUUGGAAUUGUAAAUUUGAGGCGAAUAUAAAUUAAGUUUUGAAACAGAAAAA